AUGUCACGCUCCUCACCCGCGAGGCGGAGCCAAUUACUCUCGAGCCCAGACCGAAAAGUUGCCUCAAGAUUCCUGCUCGACGACCGGAACAAUGAGGUCAGCCACCGAGAUGCCUUGGCCGCUGCACAGCUUGAGCAUGACAGGGUGCGCAAAGCCGCCAUCCGGGUCUAUGAGCUCCAUGAGCUGCAGAUUGAGCAUCAGCGAAUCGUCGACGAAGAACGAAGGGAGGAGGAGAGGUUAAAGACAGAGGCUCUCAUUGUUGCAGAGGAACAGCGGCUCCGGGAGCUGCGGGCGAAAACAAUCCCUAGGCCACCACCAGAACCACCAAGGUCACCUACGCCGCCUCCCCCUGUGAAGAGCGUGGCUCCAGCAAAGACAAAUGGCACCACUCCGACAAAGGAAUCGAAGCCACCAGCAUCAACAACGCCUCCUUCAGAGGUGAAGAAAGUGCUUGCUGCCCCUCCAUCGAGUCUCCCAAAUAAACCGCCACCGACCAAUCCUUUUCAGAAGACGAAUGGUCUCGCCGCACCACAGCCCACGGCUGCUCCUGCGGCCCCGGUCGCUGCACCAACAGCUCAGCCGGCGCGAUCACCUACUGUAGAUCAGUACAGCCAGAUUCACCAGGAACUAAAGAAGCUGCGGAAGGAGCUGCAGUCCCAAUCUAAGGUCGCUGGCUCGCCGCUCAAGGGGAAAAUGGGCACAUUCCGAAGAGAGAUUCGUGUAUCCAUUGGCCAACUCACCAGUGGAAGAGGAGCCAACGCCGUACCUGUCGCCAAAAUCACUGCUGCUUUGAGAGCGUCCUUAGAUGGCAAGAUACCGAGUCCUCUCAUUGAUGUUAGCCUCUUCGUGGUAGACAAGAGACAUCCAGUCGAAGGUGCCAUAAACAACGACGCGACUAUGCCUUCACUAUUCAUUUACUUGAUGAACAUCUGCGCCAAGGGCAUUAUAAACCAGUUCAUUAAUGAAGCCGGCGCGAACACCAAAGCUGCCGACCCUGUUGGAGUCUUUACGGCUCAGAUUUUCUCGCAAAAAGACUUCCAGUGGAGAGGGCAGUCCUUGAUCGACAUCCUGAUGGCCAAGUACCGCAUAGCAUGCCCGGUUCUCUUUGGACAUCGCGGCAACGAUAAGACGGAGCGAGGGCGCAUCGCCUUGGGCUGGAAGAAGGACGGUACCUCAUGGAUCACCGAACAGAAUCACAACGACCGAAUGACGGGUCUCGGCGCCGGGUUCGCAUCUCUCUCCCUCAGAGACUUUAGCAAGACAACGAAGACCAACCCCUACCCGCCGGUAAACUAUUGGAAGGCCCUCGCCGGCAUUGUCAACUCCCCCGCCAACGAGACGUCAAACACACAAUACGUCGUUUUGCGCGCCAUGAUAGAAGGUCAUGAACAGCGUUUUCUCAGCUUCUACGGCAACGCGGCAUUCGCUGCCCUGCGUUUGGCCUUGAUCGAGUUCCCAAAGAAGGCACCCGAGACAGCCAAUGCAGCCGGAUCCCUGCGCGCCCUGGCCGACAUCCUCAAGACCGAGGUCGGGUUGGUCUUGGUUUGA